AUGGUUGGUAGUCUAUUGCAACUCCAAGAGCUAUGUAUAAAGGACUGCGGGCAUAUGGAGGAGGUCAUUGUUGUAAAAGCAGAAGAAGAAUCUGAUGACAAGAUGAAUGAGAUACUUGUGUUACCUCGUCUAAACUCCUUAACACUUAAAAGCCUUCCACGUCUUAAGGGGUUUAGCAUGGGAAAGGAGGAUUUUUCAUUACCCUUAUUAGAUUCUUUGGCAAUCAGCUACCGCCCAGCAAUGACGACUUUCACCAAGGGAAAUUCCACUACUCCACAGCUAAAAGAAAUAGAAAUAAAUUACAACUCGUUUUAUGCAGGGGAAGACAUCAACUCCUUUAUAAAGAUGAACAAGAGGAAUUCAGAAAAGAGAAAGACUGAUUAA